AUCGCUACGAUAACCCCUGAACCAUGGCUGAAAAAGUAAGAUACUACCUUGAACAGUCUAUUCCUGAAUUAGAAGAUCUCAAGAGGAAGGGCCUUUUUGACAAGCAUGAGAUCACGAUGAUCAUGAGAAGACGUACUGACUUUGAACAUCGUAUCCAAGGUCGUGGAUCCAAACCACGGGAUUUCCUCAAAUACGUUGAGUUUGAAGGCAAUCUUGAAAAAUUAAGAAAGAAAAGAUACAAUAGAUUGAACAAGGUUGGGUUGGUUGAGACCAAACCAAGUAUCAGUGAUUGGGCUGGUGUUCGUAGAAUCAUGUUUGUAUUUGAUCGUGCCACGAGAAGAUACCCUGGUGAUACUGAAUUAUGGUCUCACUAUUUACAGUUUGCCAAGGAAAACGGUGCCAUUAAGGUUAUAUAUAAAGUAUAUUCCCGUUUGUUACAAUUGCAGCCUAGAAAUGUUGAUGCUUGGUUGUCAGCUGCGAAAUAUGAGUUUGAAGAAAAUGCUAAUGCUAAAGGUGCCAGAGUUUUAUUCCAAAGAGGGUUGAGAUUGAACCCAGAGUCGUUGGAAUUAUGGUUAAGUUACGCUCAAUUUGAGUUGACUUAUAUUUCCAAGUUGUUAGCUAGAAGAAAAGUCUUGGGAUUAAUUACUGAAAAACAACAACAAGAAGCAUUAGAAAGCGAACAAGACAAAUUGGCCAAGUCAAUCACAGAAUCCGCUUUAGGUGACGACAAUGACGAUUUCAAUGCUGACAAGAUUGAAUUACCAACAGCGGCUGAAAUGAAGGACGAAUUGAACCACUUACCUGAAGCGGAUAUGAACAUGUUGGGUAACCCAGAAACUAAUCCUGCCUUGAAGGGUGACGUAGCAUUAACAAUCUUUGAUUUAUGUGUUCCAAGCAUUCUUAAAACCAUUCCUGAAUAUUCCACUGUUAUCAAUCCUCAAGAUAAGGUAUUUGAAAUCGUGGAAAGAUUCUUGAGUUUAAUUGACAAAUUUGAAGAUUUAAACAGAGACUACUUAAUGUUGCAUGUUUUAAAUUAUGUCCAAAAGGAAAAUCCACAAGAUUUAAGAACAUUGUUCAUUGAUAUUACAUUACCUAUUAGAAAUGUCUCCAGAACAAGCGAAAACUUGGCCGAAGCUUUACAAUUGUCAGUUAACAAGUUCAUUGCUUAUAAAUUGAAAUUAAAGGAUGCAUCAGAAAGGACCACUUUAACCAACAUGUUCAUUAACAAGCUUAAUAACCAAUUCUUGGCCAACACCGAUAAUGAAAACGAAAAGGUGGAUGCAUUAUUGAAAGCAAUUAUCACAAAGUGUCGUAAUGUGUAGUUAUACAGCUAUUUAAUAGAGAAGGAAUUAAUUAAGUCUAUUGUUUACAUUUAAUCUUGUUUACCAAUAUCACCGUCCAAAUGCAUAUAUCUAUUCUUCUUGACUUUAUGCAUGACCCAACCGUAAGUAAUCAUAAAGAUCACAGCACUAGCAAUUGCGGAAGCAGCGAAUACAUAAGUGUAGACGAUCAGGUAACUAAUAGGAAUGGAUGUCAUUGGUAGCCUGUAGAAACCAUCACUAUAAGGCAAGUUACUAUCUGGCGUUCCCUUGGAGUAAGCUUGAGACAAUUGAUCAAACCAUCUAACUGCCAAGUUCAAAGUAAGUUCAUCCCCAAUGACUGUUCUAGUAGUAUUUGUUCCUGAACCAAAACCAAUGGCACUAACAAAUGUAUUUUGUUCUGGUUCCUUAGUAGAUGGUUUGGUAAAGAUUAUAUUCAUGGAAGGGUCAAUAUCCAAAUGAGCAUCAUGAAUUUCACCUCUGAAAUUGAAUGUGAAUGGAACAUAAGCACCACCUUUUUCAAUAGACAAUGGUUCUGAAGAAAGGGCCAUUCUGCAACUGAAUGGAACAUCUUGAUGGAUAUAUAAUUGGAACAAAUGGUACAACUCAUCUGAGAAUUGAAUGGUACAAUUCAAAUCUUCGUUGAUUCCAUACUUGAAACUUAAAGGCUUUUGAGUUUCUUUACAUUUAGGAAAUGGUCCAUAUACGAUUUGAUGCUUGUCAUCGAACUUAUGUUCUCCAGUAUCUAUGUUUCUUUGAAUACAGUCAAACUGCACAUCUUGUCCUGUGGAGUAUGGUUUGAAAUCAGUCGGAAUUUCUCCUUUACUAUUUAGAGGAUACCAUUGGUUACCCUUGGCUUGUAUUGUUGUUGAAAAGGCCAAACUUGACAAUAUCAAUAAGGAAGGAAAUCUCAUUAUAUUUGGGAUUAGUAUAGAAGGAAUAU